GUUUACCACCACCAUCUACUAUGAACGAGAGCAGCCGAAUCGCAUCCCUCGCAUCUCGGGUUGUCGAAUCGAACCGGCGACCGCGAGACCACGAUGAUUCUGAUGAGGAUGAAGACGCGAUCUUUGCUGAACUCGAGGAGGAAAUCGAGAAUGACAACAACGCUAGCAUUCGCGAGUAUGGGAUGAAGUUACUGAAGGAGCAGAUCGAGCAGCUAAACGACAUGCGGGAUAAUAAGCACGGAGAAUACUCUGAAAUUCACGAUGAGAAAGAGGUGGUGAAGGUCUGCGCACGCGAACCCCGAUGCGUCGUACAUUUCUACCACUCGAACUUCAAGCGUUGCGAGAUAAUGGACAAGCACUUAGCUAAGAUUGCCCCAAAAUACUUCGCCACCCGAUUCUUUCGUGUGUUCGUGGAGAGCGUUCCAUGGCUGGUUGAGAAACUCGGCAUCAAGGUGCUCCCUUGUGUGAUAUGUUUCGUGGACGGGAUAUCCAAGGACAGGCAAGCUCGAUCAUCUCCGCUCCCUUCUGACAGCUCAUUAUCCCUCAGGCUCAUCGGUUUUGAGGAUCUAGGGAAUUCUGAUGCUUUCGACACUGCUGCGCUCGAACUGCGAUUGAAACAAUCUGGAGUAAUACAAAAAGCGUCGGGUAACUCGGUUGGGGCCGUUUAUGCUAAUACCUCAUCUUCCUCACGAUCCGUCUUCCGUGUCAAGGAGAACGACGAUGUGUUUGAUCUGGAUGAAUGAAAUAGAAGUACAUGGGUGCCGCUUGAUGGCGCUAGUGAUGCUGGAGCCUCUGCAGACUGGGAUCUUUGCCGUAAACUCCUCGGCCGACGAUGAUAACGUCGCAUCCAGACUCCAGAAUAACCUGUUCCGGUGUUCGAUAUUGCUGGCCCAUCGCAUCGCCCUUGACAUCGAGUCCCACUCCCGGUGUGAGAAUGAGGAAAUCUUCGUCGUCGACUCUAUCGUCCGCUGUUGCACCUACGCCGUCCAUUCGUCGCUGGGCAAUGAAUCCAAUGACAAAGUCAGGGCUGGCACGAGCCAUUCGCACUGCAGAUUCCGUAUAAGCACCAGUAGCCAGUGCACCUUUGGUGCUCAUCUCCGCCAGCAACAGCAGCCCGCGUCCCAGCGGCAGACCAACCGAUGCGAGCCCUGAGAUAAUUGAUGGUCCUGGGACCGGGUGUGCGUUCGUUAUAUGGGACCAGCUAGCAAUCUUGUGCACCCCACUCGAGUACUGCAGAGCAACCGUGUUUCCUAGGCGAAACUCUAAGCUACGCAGGCUGAAAAUCACGGAACGAACCGAUGUCGGCGAAUUUGCGAUCCUCGAAAAUUAUGAAGUCAUGUUUCUGGCUCAGAGCCUGUAGCUGAGUAAUGAGAUCUGGCGUGAAGUCUUCGAUGAUGUCGACGUGUGUCUUGAUCAAGCAGACAUAUGGCCCGACAACGUCGAUGAUCGCUAGAAAGUCUUUGGGGGAUGUGACAUCCACGCUGACAGCAAGAUUCGACUUUUUUCGCUCGAUAGUUUCCAGGAGAAGUCUUGCAGUGGGGUUUUUCUGGCGCAGGGCACGUUGGGCGUAGGACUGGAGAUGGGGAGAGGAAGACAUUGAUGAUCUUAUCUAAGAUCGAAGAGGCCUGUCAAUUCUGGAGAUCUGAUCAAAUGCCUCUCGUUUUUCG